GGCGGGCUGCGGGGGUGGGAAGUCGUGACUGAAGCCCCGCCAGCCGGGCUCUAGCCGCGGUGCGUGUGGGAGGAGGCGGUGGCCAGGGUGAGGCGCGAGGCUGAGCGCUCGAGAGCCGACUUGGAGGAGCGGAUGUAAGUCAGAGUAUAGCAGAAAAUGUCCACUGAACGGACUUCUUGGACAAGCAUGUCCACUAUUCAGAAAAUAGCCCUGGGCCUUGGGAUUCCAGCCAGUGCAACAGUUGCCUAUAUCCUAUACCGCAGAUACAGGGAAAGCAGAGAAGAGCGGCUGACAUUUGUUGGGGAGGACGACAUCGAGAUAGAGAUGCGAGUUCCCCAAGAGGCUGUGAAGCUCAUCAUUGGUCGGCAAGGAGCCAAUAUUAAACAGCUGCGGAAACAGACAGGUGCACGGAUUGAUGUGGACACAGAGGAUGUAGGCGAUGAGCGAGUGCUGCUUAUCAGUGGUUUUCCUGUUCAGGUGUGCAAGGCCAAAGCAGCAAUCCACCAGAUCCUGACAGAGAAUACCCCAGUGUCUGAACAGCUCUCAGUCCCCCAGAGAUCUGUGGGCAGAAUCAUAGGGAGAGGCGGCGAGACAAUUCGUUCUAUCUGUAAGGCUUCUGGAGCCAAAAUUACCUGUGACAAAGAAUCAGAGGGCACAUUACUAUUAUCGAGACUUAUAAAAAUCUCAGGAACACAGAAGGAAGUGGCAGCAGCCAAGCAUUUGAUACUGGAAAAAGUUUCAGAAGAUGAAGAACUUCGGAAGAGAAUUGCCAAUUCUGCAGAAACCAGAGUCCCACGCAAGCAGCCAAUCAGUGUGAGAAGAGAGGAAGUGACAGAGCCAGGUGGAGCUGGAGAACCAACUUUAUGGAAAAACAGCAGUUCUAGCAUGGGGCAAGCUGCACCCCUGGCAGCUUCUCCCUGCAAAGGAAGUGGUGACAUGGCUAUUGUAGGCCCAAAAAAUGGUUCCAAGGAGAAACCUAACGGUGACAGCUUUCAGAAGUCUGGAGACCAGACCAGUCCUGAGAUGUCCAUGUUUGAAAUCCCCAGUCCCGACUUCAGUUUUCAUGCUGAUGAGUACCUGGAAGUCUACGUCUCUGCUUCCGAACAUCCUAACCACUUCUGGAUCCAAAUUAUUGGCUCCCGCAGCCUGCAACUAGAUAAGCUUGUGAGUGAGAUGACCCAGCACUAUGAGAAUAGUCUGCCUGAAGACUUGACUGUGCAUGUAGGAGAUAUUGUAGCAGCACCUUUAUCUACAAAUGGUUCCUGGUAUCGAGCCAGGAUCCUUGGCACCUUGGAGAAUGGGAACUUGGACCUCUACUUUGUUGACUUUGGAGAUAAUGGAGAUUGCCCACUGAAGGACCUCAGGGCUCUCAGGAGUGACUUCCUAAGCCUUCCAUUUCAAGCAAUAGAAUGUAGUCUGGCCCGGAUUGCCCCCUCAGGUGAACAGUGGGAAGAGGAAGCUUUGGAUGAGUUUGACAGACUGACCCACUGUGCUGAUUGGAAACCCCUGGUGGCCAAAAUCUCUAGCUAUGUCCAGACUGGGAUCUCAACUUGGCCAAAGAUCUAUUUAUAUGACACAAGCAAUGGGAAGAAACUUGAUAUUGGGCUAGAAUUAGUUCGUAAAGGAUAUGCAGUUGAGCUUCCUGAAGAUGUGGAAGAAAACAGAGCUGUCCCUGACAUGUUAAAGGAUGGGGCCACAGAAACAGAUGCCUCUCUUGCCAGCAUGCUCACUGAAUCCAAAAAAAGCCCUGGAGAGAUGGCACAUACCCUGUCCUGCCUCAGCUUAUCAGAAGCUGCCUCUAUGUCUGGUGAUGAUAACCUUGAAGAUGACUACUUACUCUGAAGUCUGGGCUUCCAGUGGCUCAGCCAUCUGCUUUGCUGUGAUUUGGCACAUGAUUUGGUGCCUAGAGAGAAGAGUCUAAGAGAUCCAUACAGUCCUUUAUUACACAGUGUGGCUUGCUGUGGACCAGAUCCAUUUUCUCCUUCCAUUGAAUUACCAGAAAUAGUGUGGAGGAGAGGAAGACAUCACCCACCUCACCUCCUUCUCCAUCCCUCCCCUAUCUUUCAGUGUUUGGAUGUUGUGUCCUCUGCCAGUCGUAAUGCACAUCACUGCUAGACUGUGUUCUUUUUCAGCUGGGAAACAGCCAGAGUUUGGUCAUUAGAAAUGAUUCUGCAGACUUAUGACUCGCCUCAAAAGGUGACUGGUUAAGGGAAGUGUUUGAACAGGGAACUCGAAGACUGUAGUUGAAAUCAGGAGGCAAAGGCAAAAAUCAGCCUAAAUGUAUUAAAAAAUCUUCAGGAGGUGGGAAGAGAAUACCACCUCUCAGACUCAAUUGAUGUGUUAUUUCUUUGUGAACUUUAGUUAAAAUACAAGUAGAAAAGGAGAAAUGUGACUCAGGAAAUACUCUAAAUUGCUAGUAUAGUACUUGUAUGUGUAUAUACACACCUUGAGAGAGAACACACAUGUAUAGUUCUGUUUAAAUCAUUUGGAGGAAGUCUUUGCUUAAUAAAGUUCUCAAAAAAAUUAAAUGCUCA